UUGAAUGCGUACGUGAUGUCUAGCGCACUUCUUGUCCCGUUGGCUGCAAAACCAGCGGACCAUAUGAAACGGGGAAGACUUUCUUCCUUCAGGAUCAAUUGGAGAGUUACCAUUGGAAUUUUUUUAGCCUUCACGGUAGUUUCAGUGUACUAUCUAUCAACGCCGAGCGCAAUGGCAUCUCGUGGAUAUCUUGAAUGGGAAGGAAACGACAAUGGAAUAUUUUAUCGCGAAGAUGCACCCGCAAAUGGCGGACGUUUCACCGUGAUAUUUCUUCACGGACAAGCGUUUUCUUCGCAAACUUGGGACGAUCUUGGUACGUUAAAGUUCCUAUCCUCGCAUGAUUACAGAGUAGUGGCUGUUGAUUUGCCUGGUUUUGUGAAAUCUAAAGAUGCUGAACAGCCAAGAACUUCUGAAGGACGAAGUGUGUUCCUAAAAAAGUUUAUAGAGAAACUGAAAAUCGAUCGUCCUGUUCUGGUGUCACCCUCUAUGAGCGGGUCAUACUCUCUACCUUUUAUUUUCCAAGGUGAUCAAGGGAAACAUUUACGAGGAUAUGUUCCCGUGGCCCCAGUUGGUACCGAUAAAUACGAAGAAUCAGACUACAAAAGCCUUCAACUACCCACUCUUAUUUUCUAUGGCGAAAAUGACUCGACUCUCGGAGCUUCGUCGCUGAGAAGGCUCCGAAAUAUUCCCGAUAGUGUUAUUCAUAUGAUGAAAGAUGCGGGACAUGCUUGCUAUAUGGCAAACCCGGAAGAAUUCCAUGAAAAGUUGCUCAGUUUUCUUAACAAGUUGUGAGAAUUGUUACUCAUGACAGGUCAAGUAGUUAAAAUAGAGCAUCUUUCUACUCGGACUUCCCCCCAGUACUUAAAUGAGCGGUUACAUGGAAUUUUGGCUGUUUGUGCAAUUAUUACCGGGUGAGCACCCACUAUAUUAUGCGGGGUUUCCUUACCCAAAUCCUUUUACUCCUAAGAUCUGAUUGUUGAUUCUCCCCACAGGCUCCUGCACAUUUCCUUGUGAACAAGUUACCAGAACUUGGUGUUAGAUCAAGAUAACAACAUGUACCUAAUAAGUUUGAGUAUUCUCAUUACCUGUUUGCUGAAUGAUGUAUUAUUGACAAAUCAUUUAAUGAAAAGCUUCCAACUUAACCCUUUAAUCCUUAAGAGUGACCAGCAUCUAAUUUCUCCUUACAGUAUCACCCCUGAAUCAAACAUUAAGGUUAUGAGAUAAUGGAAAUGAUCAACAAAUAUAGGAGCUCUUGAUUGUUAAGCGAAAUCUCCUUGCUAACACCUUAGGAAAUGUAUAGAGGACAGUAUAGAGAAUGUGCAUGCUGACCUUAGGGUGUAAAGGGUUAACCCCCUAAAACUGCAAGAUCUGACUGUUAGUAUUAGUAUUCCCUUCAAGCUGCUACUUAUUUCCUUGAGAUUACAAUAGUCCAAAAAUUUGAGAUUAGAUUAAGAUAACAAACUCUACCUGUGAUAAAUUGGAGUGUUCUCAUGACCUGUUUGCUGAUUAAUCUUCUCUGAGAGUCCAACCCUUAAACUCACAGAUCAAAUUUGUAAUCCUCCUUACUGUCAACCAAACAAUUUGUAUAAUUUUAGUUCAGAGAAUUUAGUAUUGGAUCAACUAAUUAUUGCCAAAUUGAUAUUUUUCUGUAUUCUCAUCACUUAUCUGGUUGAUAUUGUAUAGAUAUUGAAAGGAGAAAUUCUGUCUUGGUCACUCAUGGGAGUUAAAGGGAUAAGGGUGGAUGUGUGCUUGUGAAAGUAAGGCAUUGCAUCUUGACUUUUCAUGCUUUUGAUCCACUGAUGAGAUCAGAUUCAUAAUGUAGAUAGCUUUUUAACUUGUGCAACUAUAGAGCAAACCCAAAGCUUAUUAGAGGUAAUGUAUAAUGAAAGGGGGGGGAUGUUGUCCCAAGGACCUAAAAAUCAUAUUUAUUAGUCUCAA